AUGCUUUUUGGAAUUAUCUCUUUGAUUUUGCAUAUUGAAUCUUCUUAUUAAUGGUGUGGUAUAUUAUUUGUUUAAUGUAGUAACUAAUUAGGAGAAUGUUACAUAUUAUACAUCAAAAGGUGAAUAGAUUAGAUGGAGAGCAGACUCAUUAAUAUCAGGAAAUGGGCUUGAAUUCACUUUGAUACCAAAUUCAACUAUUAUGAGAUAUCAUCCUGCCUUUGAUUAGAUUUCGGCUGAAGAAACUCAUUUUGGAAGUACAAUAUAUUCAUUAGAAUUAUAGCUCUAAUAUAGACAGGUGCAAUAAGAGCUUAUGACAUAGCAAGUUCAGGAGCCUGGACAAACUAAUUUGCAUUUUUAGAAUUGGAUGAUAAAAAAAACAUUUACGACAUAUAUUAUGCUGUAGGGUAAUGAAUUGGAAUUAAUCUAUGUAGAAGCGCCUUAUAAAUGGAUAAGACUCCUUAAUUCUAUUAAAAAGUUGUAUUGACUAAGAGUAAUGCUGUUAUAGAUUGUUUUGAUAUUGAAUACAUCAAUCCUGACUUAUGGAUUGUAGAUUGUGCUGAAAAGAAUGACAAUCCUCCUACAUAGCCAAUGAAAAAUUUUAUAUAUUUUGUGGAGAAAACAGAUUCACCUGAUGUUGUAGCUAAUAAAAGACAAGAAGUAGCUAAUCAUAAAUAAUACAAAUAAGUGAAAGGAAGAAAAAUAUAAUAUCAUGUUUAUUAUAAAAAAGGAACAGCAGAAGAGAAUGGAGUUGAUCGUCCAUAACCUCCUAGUCCUAUUAGAAUCUUACUUAGAGGUUAAUAAGCCUUUAAUUCUGAAACAGGUAAUACAACAGUAUUAGAUAACGAUUGCUCAAUUGAUUUAUUAAUUAGAUUAGAUAACGGAACUUUGAAAGACACUAGUGUUUUAGAUAAAACAAAAAUUAGUGAAGAUACUAAACAAACUGUUAACUUCACUUUAAUAGAUUUCAAAGUAUAGCCUAAUGGAGAUGUUUAUAUUUUGGAUGCUGAUUGGGGAAUAUAUUUAUAUAAAGUGACAGAGGAAGGACAAUGGGUUUAUGUUAAAACAAUCUAGACUCUUAAUUAAAAAGCUUAUGGAUUUGAUGUUGUUGAGAUGUUGAAUGAGGAUGGCUAUUAUGAAUUAGCUAUAGCUGUUUUAUAUGAAUCUAAUUUGUUAAUCACUGUAGCAUCAGUUUAAAAGAAUGGGUAUAAUUUGCCAUUUAAAGCAUCUUUUCCUGUUACAGUCUCAUUCAGUGAUAAAUAUGUGGUUGUAGUACAUUAAUAAAGAUUAUACCUUUAUAAUAUAUUUAUGCCAUUUUUACUUCAUUCAGAAAUUUUGAUAUCCUCUACUAUUUUAGUAAAUCCAUAUGCUCCUGAUGUUAUUGUUGUAUCUAACACAUUAACUAGAAGAUAUGAAUUGAGUGAUGGAUAUUUGGCAUCAGAAAAUUCAGUAUAAAUAGAAAAAUCAACAAUAACUUUAUAUGGAACUGAUGGCACAAAAACAUGCAGUUGUAAAAUUAAUUACUAAGUUUUACCUGUUGAUGAUACUAAUAUUUAUGAAUUAGGUCAUGAUCCUUUUCCUAACAUGAUAACAUAUCCAGCUGAACCAUUUUUACUUUAAGAUCUAGCAUCUGGACCAAAUCUUAAAUAUAUCACUCCAGAUGUUAGUUAGGACCAUGUUGAAGUUUUAGUUCAUUUUCUAUGGGAAUUAGAACUUAGGAAUGUUACUUUUUUUGAUGCUAAAGAUGUUGCAUAUGCAGAUAUUUUAGUUGAUCCUCAUCAUCAUAAUAAUAACAAAUAUUAUCUAUUUUUAUAACAUAAAAAUAAAACUGUUGUUAUUUGGGAUUGUUAAUCAUAUAGUUUUAGAGAUAAUCAUAGUAACUGUGAGAAAUAAGAUUAAUUUGAUUUACCUGUACAAUUAAGUAGGACAAACUCAUAAUUUGAUUGGAAAACAUUUGAAUAAGAAGUAGUGACAUUCUAAUUUUAAGUUAAUGAUUAUGAAAUUCUAUUUUAUAGUUCAUAUGAUGGUGAUCAUUAAAAAAUAGGGAAUAUUACUUAUGAGGCUUCACCAGAAUUUAAAAUUACUUCAUUCACAGCAUUAAAAUAGAAUAUUUAUGUUGUUUAAUAUGCUUAAAAAGAAGUAGACGUUAUAUUUGCAGUUAAUCCAACUCUAAUUAAAUAUUCAAUUUAUUCCAAUCUAAUUGAUGAAUAUGAAACAGGGUGUUCUUGGACUCCAAAAAGAGUAUUUGGAAAUUCAUUUACUAAUAGUGAAUUUAUAUUUAUUUUGACUGAUGAUUGUGUCAUAAUGGGUGAAUUAAGAACUCAUUUUGUGUUAAUAACAGUUAUUCCUAUAGAAACUGAUGCUGAAGUUGAAGUUGCAGUUGGUUAAAAGACCUUCUAUAUAAUUUCCAAGGGAAAGAAAGAUUCUAUUAAAGAAUACAACUAUGAAAACUUAAACGAUAUUUAUCCAAUGAAAUCUUUGCCUUUGUAUGGAAGAUUUGCUUUAUAAUCUCCACUUACAAUAGAUUACGUAUUUGAAACAGGAUUCCUAUUUGUGAGAGCCUUGGAUACUAUUGAGAAAGAGACUGUAAUUUUAAUCUAUGAAUCUAAUAUCUUAUAUAGAAAUUCUUUACAUAAAGUAUUAAAAACACAUGAAUUAAUUCCUGAUGGAUAAUUGUUAGAAACUGCUGCUUCUGGAUAAGAUUAAAUGUUUGUUUAUUUUAAUGAUUUGAAAACAUAAAGAGUAGUUGUAUUUUUAAAAGAUUCAUUAAUGGAAUUAAUACCUACUAAAUUAAGUGAUGCUUAUACAACAUCUUUAAAAACAGCUGUAAGUAUUUCUAAUACAUUAUCAAAUUCUAGUACAAGUGUUAUAUAUCCAGUUAAAUUUAUUAACACUCAAUCUAUUGUUAGAAUUAAUACUACUCUAUUGGCCAAAACAACUUUUCAUUUUGAUUCUACUUCAAAUACUUAAUAUUUGAAUUUCACUAAUGAUGGACUAUAUUUUGGUCAUGUUACAAAAUUUAAGAUCAUUUGUAAAUAAUGUGAUGGUAAACUUAUAAGUAUAAUCAAUCCCCUUACUCAAAGUAGUGAAGGAACUUAAUUUGCUAAUUAUGAAAUAAUUACUGGUGCUACAUUUAAAGAUACUGUUGUUUAUUUGGCAGAUCCUAAAUCAUUAAUAUUCUAAAAUAGUGAUGAUGAUACUGUUAAAUUUGUACAUAAAAUAGAACCUGGAACUCAUUGCACUUAAUUAUCAACUUACAAUGAGUAUGUAUUUGUAACUUGUAUUAACAAUGCUGAUACAUUAGUAUAUAUUGCUAAUUGUGAUAUUUCAAAAUCAACAUGUACACCUAUUUAAUCUGAUUCUCCAAAUAUAGGAAAGUUUAAUAUAGUUUCUAAAAUUUUAUAUUCUAAUUCAUACCUAUACAUUUUGGAUGCAGAUCCAGAUCAUCCUCUUUCUAAUAAAGGAGUUCUUCAUGUUUAUUAAUUAACUUUAGAUUAAAAAUGGAGUGUUAAGAAUGAAAAAGUAUUUGAUGAAAAAUACUUCAGUUUACCAUCUAUUAAUGAUUACUAUAUCACUGAUUUUGAUGUUGUUUAAUUUUAAUAAGGAAAUACAUUUUAUUAAAAAAUUAUGAUUUAAACAGCUAUAGGUUCUAAUUAUUUUGUAUAAAUGUACAAUGAUGGUGGUUUAUUAAAAGAUAAUCAUAAGUAAAUUUAUAAUCUAGCUUAAUUUUUGAACAAAGAUUAUGCAAUCAAAGAUAAUACUAAUUUCUUCUAAAUAAGAACAUAUAAAAGUGUUACAAAUUCAAAUACAUUAGAUGUAACUGUGAUUGUUACAACUAAUAAUGUUGCUUAAUAUGCUAUAACAUUUUCAUUUGAUAUUAGUGAUCCUCUUAAUAAGGGUUCACCAAUUAAGGAUACAAUUGUUCCAUUUUUAUUGAAUCAAUAUGGAACUAUGCAAACAUUGAAUAAAUUGGUUAUAGGAUUAAAACAUGCUGCUGUUCCAUACUAUAAUUCAUCUCAUCUAAUGAUAAGCAUGUAUUAAUUACCAGAACUAACAGGCUUAGGUGCUGAUACAAAAGCUAAAAUGUUAACAAUCACUGGAGCAGAAAUUGUUAAGCAUAUUGCUUCUAAUACUUAAUUUGCUCUCGUUAUUUAAAAACCUUCUAAUUAAAUUGAAGUAAUUUAUUUGUUAUAUAUCUAUAGCCCUCAUGUUAUACAAACAUAGAAGAAGAUAGCAAAACUAAUAAUUAUGUAGUCAAGAAAUAUACCAUACAUGAUGUGCCUAAGAUUAAAAUAGUUUCAGGAGAUAAGGUUCUAUCUUAAAUUGUAGAAUUAUAAAUUGAAAAUGAUUACAGUUCUGCAUUAGGAGCUUUUGAAAUAAUUAAUAACAAUACUCCUCCUCCUCCUCCUGAUGAUGAUAAUAGUGGAAGGUAUUCUUUAAUUAUUUCAUUUUAGUUCCCUGCUCUGGCUUUGGAUAUUAUUGGGAAUUAUAGGUGGUAUUGCUAUAUUAGGUGGAGCCUUUUUUGUUUAUAUAAAGUUCUUUAAGAAGACUACAAAUGUAUCUUCAAGUGCAAAAGUAUCAUUAAUGAACUAGUAGUGA